AUGCCAGCCAUACUUCUCAGAGCCGUGGCCAGAUCUCACCGUAUAUUAUCAAAAGCACAUCAGUGCAGAAGAAUUGGUCAUCUAAUGUUAAAACCACUUAAGGAAUUUGAAAAUACCACAUGCAGCACACUGACAAUACGUCAAAACUUGGAUUUGUUCCUUCCUGAUAAAACAGCUGGUGGUUUGAAUAAAUCUCAGAUCCUCGAAAUGAACCAAAAAAAAAAAAAAAAAAGAUCAAAUACUAGCAUGCUCUCUCCAUUAAAUGCUGCUCGUUGCCAAGAUGAAAAAGCACACCUUCCAACCAGGAAAUCCUUUGGUACUCACAGGAGAGUGACCCACAAACCAAAUCUAUUGGGUUCUAAAUGGUUUAUUAAAAUAUUAAAGAGGCAUUUCUUAUCUGUAUCAAUGGAAACAUUUGUUCCAAAACAAGACUUUCCACAGAUCAAGAGACCACUAAAAGCAUCCAGGACCAGGCAGCCAUCCAGGACCAACCUUCCCGUUCUGUCUGUGAACGAGGUAAAGUGGGGGUGGCCACGGCUCUUGUGCUUAGUGAUCAUUGCCCACGCUAAACCAGUGUGCGUUUGCACCCCAGCCUUACCACCAACAUAA